ACUCUGGAGCGCCGCGGCGCGUGCGAAGGGCGGGGGAUUCAAACAGUCGAAAGAAAGCUCGGCUGUUCUGACAGCCUUUCUCAGACUUGACUCUCUGGUCCACCUUGUUCAUCCCUGAUUCUAGUCCACCGCCGAGUGCGGGGCUUUGGCGCCGGGCAGGAGGAGGACGAGGAGAGAAUGGCGGCGGCAGUGGUGGCGGCGGCCCGGGUGUUGAAGCGCAAGGCUCCCCGCGGCUUCCUGAGGAAACUCAUCAAGAGACGGAAGCCUCAGCUGCUCCUCAAGUCUGGCAUCGACCUGUGGGUACACUUGAACUGUUUACUAUUUCUUCAUCGAUUAGCAGAAGAAACCAGGAUGCAGGCUUUUCAGAACAAGAGUAGGAUAAUUAAGGAAAAGCACAUUAUUGCUGCGGGAAAGGUGAUUUUAAAGAAGAGUAAGGGUUAGAGCCUGAGGACCGUAUUAUUGAAACUGCAUAAUAUAUUAUCUCAUUAAAUGUUAAUAAAGAAGUGUGCUUUUUAACAACUUUUUAAAGCAUGGAACCUUAGCUACAUAGGUUGAGCAAGCUUUUGUACUGCUGGUAUUGAAUUUGUAUCCUAGGUAUAUUCAUUUAUUAAUUCUACAAAUGUUUAUUAAUCACUUCUACAGUGCUAUUUCUUAAAGUACAAAGAUAAAUGGAACAUAGCUGUUUUCAUAAUUGGCACAUAAGUUUCUCACUGUACUUGUGGUCUAAUUGUGGUAAUGACAGUCUCACAAAUAUGCAAAUAAAAAUAUUAUAAAGACUGUUCAA